AGCACCUCGGAGCUCCGACCCUCGAGUUGUCCUCCGCAGCCACCGCCCGCAUUGCACCCCGGCUCACCUUUUCGUCCCUCCCACCCCCUUCGCCGUUCAGUGGCGUCCUGGGUGCCUGCAACCUGCCGGGUGCUUCAGUAGACUGCCCCCUGCUCCUGUUCUUGUUCUUGUUCCUGCUCCUGCUCCGGCUCCUGCUCCUCCUCCUCCUCCCCCUCCCCGCUCUCCCUCUCGCCUCCUCUUCCAGUCGGGGCGCCCAGACUUCUCCAAGCGCAGCGCCACCCGGCUGCCCAGCGCGCCCCGCUCCUGGCUCCUUCUCGCGGCAGCUUGGGGGCACCGGCGAGGGCAAAGGACGCUUAGGGGCCCUCGCCCCCUGAGCUCAGCGUGCCCCAGAGCCGGAUGUUGAGAGAAGCUGUGCUUUGAUAAAGCUCGGGAGAGCACGGAGCGUUUUCGGAGUGAGACUUCGGCAACCAGCGGGACGCCCCAGGUCACCCAGUGCGACGCGGCUGCACGCACGGUCCACAAGGAACCCUCAGAAGAAAUGAUGUGGUACUUCCUUUUACCCAUACAAAAUGGAACAUAAGAAACUACAUAGCUGAAGAAACUACAGUCUUCUUAUAAAUGAGAGGCAUUGAAGUCUAAAUAAUUUCCAGCUGAAGGAAAAUAACCAACAGCUUCUCCACAGUGUCGACUGAAACAGGGAAAACAUGAAUAUCACUAACUGUACCGCAGAAGCCAGUGUGGCUGUGAGACCCAAGACCAUCACUGAAAAGAUGCUCAUCUCCAUGACUCUGGUGAUCAUCACCACCCUGACCAUGUUACUGAACUUGGCGGUGAUCAUGGCCAUCUGUACCACCAAGAAGCUCCACCAGCCUGCCAACUACCUGAUCUGUUCCCUGGCUGUGACAGAUCUCCUGGUGGCAGUACUCGUCAUGCCACUGAGCAUCAUGUACAUUGUCAUGGACAGCUGGAAACUAGGAUACUUCAUCUGUGAGGUGUGGCUGAGUGUGGACAUGACCUGCUGCACCUGCUCCAUCCUCCAUCUCUGUGUGAUUGCCCUAGACAGGUACUGGGCCAUCACCAAUGCUAUUGAAUAUGCCAGGAAGAGGACCGCCAAGAGGGCUGUGCUGAUGAUCCUCACCGUCUGGACCAUCUCCAUCUUCAUCUCCAUGCCCCCCCUGUUCUGGAGAAGCCACCGCCAACUCAGCCCACCUCCUAGUGAGUGUACCAUCCAGCAUGACCAUGUCAUCUACACCAUUUAUUCCACGCUUGGAGCAUUUUAUAUCCCCUUGACUUUGAUACUUAUUCUGUAUUACCGGAUCUACCAUGCAGCCAAGAGCCUUUACCAGAAAAGAGGAUCAAGCCGGCACUUAAGCAACAGAAGCACAGAUAGCCAAAAUUCUUUUGCGAGUUGUAAACUUACACAGACUUUCUGUGUGUCUGAUUUCUCCACCUCAGACCCUACCACCGAGUUUGAAAAGAUCCACAACUCUAUCAGGAUCCCUUCCUUCGAUAAUGAUCUAGAUCACCCAGGAGAACGUCAGCAGAUCUCUAGUACCAGGGAACGCAAGGCAGCACGCAUCCUAGGACUGAUUUUGGGAGCAUUCAUUUUGUCGUGGCUUCCAUUUUUCAUCAAAGAAUUAAUUGUGGGUCUGAGUAUCUACACAGUGUCCUCUGAAGUGGCUGAUUUUUUAACGUGGCUUGGUUAUGUUAAUUCUCUGAUCAACCCUCUGCUCUAUACAAGUUUUAAUGAAGACUUUAAACUGGCUUUUAAAAAACUAAUUAAGUGCCGAGAACAUGUGUAGAUUUCAUAAAGCCAAAAGGCAUUGUUUUUACCAGCCUUGUUUGUGGACAGAGGAAAGGGGUUCAACUUAUUAAUUCUUGAACAUAGUUGGUUCAGAAAAGUUUGUAAGGUACUGUGGUCCUUUUGUUUGUUUGUUCUGUUUUGUUUGAGGUUUGUUAUCUGGUGUGCCGUUUUCUACCUCUGGUUUUAUUUGUGGUACAUGAUUUCCAAUAAACAUCCUAUAAAGACAGAAAUUUCAUAGACAUAAUAAUAAGGUGAAAUAGUAACUACUUUUUUUAGCCAUUUCAGUUAAUCUUGCAAUUAAAGAACGCCAAAAUAAAUCUUCAUUUGCAGAAUUUCUUACUACUUAUAAAUCAAAUACUUGAUAACUUGCCCUCCUGUGCCAUUAAAACCGAGGUCGUGGCUCCAUAUCCAUGCAAAUUUUAGAGGGAACUGCAAAUUGCAUGACUACAUAAAGCAUUAAUUAAAAAAAAAAAAAGAGUGGUGCACUGUCAUCUGCUUGCAGAC